AAAAAUGACGUGUCCGGAGCCUUUCUGGUGACGUGUCCGGAGGCUCUGCCCGUGCUGCAGCCGCAUGGCUUCGCGAUGGUGAGCCUCUGCCUUGCUUUUGGGGAGAAAAAGUCGCAAAAAAAGCUGGCCGCAAGUGCUUGGGAGAGGAUGCGAGCAACAUCGCCAAAGCAUGCUGGAGUGAAGCUCUGCAAGCCAGAAAAGAUCGUAGAGAAGCUGGCGCGCUGGGGGUCGGAGCGUGGGCCAGACUUCGGUGCGACAUAUGACGCAUUCGUCACGCGCGCACGAAAACUCGGCAACAUGUCGUAGACUUGGAGGCCUACACGCUUUUAGAGGCUUUACAGGUGACGAAAAGCCCCGAGGCUUAUGCCAGCGCUAUAGACAACCACGCCAAAGAAAUGGCUCCUGACUCUGAAGGGCCAACGGAGUACAAAAAGAGGCACGCAAAUGCGCAGAAGCUUGGUCAUUGUCCUGAGGUAGAAGCAUGGCUGCGACCAUCGGCCUCGCCUCCGCUGUUUGAAGUACUGCGUUCUGCGUUCGAGUACUGCGAUCUGCGGGACGCGCUCACCAAGGCGCUACAUCCUGUGUUCGAUAGCCUCUUUCUCCUUCGCUAUGUGGUGCAGAAAUGAAACCGCGAGGAGAGACGUGAGGCAAACCCCGGAAGGCCUCGAUGGGCUUUCUAUGGUUAUGGCUGAAAAGAUCCCAUCUCCACGUGAAUCGUCCCAUUAAAGUAGUACUGCGCUGGCAGUGACUGGAAGAGUCUCGGUGUGUACUUCCGAGGAAAGUAGUACUGGGGCGAGUAUUUUCACGGGAUCUAUUCGCGGGAUGGGUUCAGGGUAGCUCUUAUAUGGGCAAUGACGGCCUUGGCUGAGCAGCUGGACCUCUGUGGCGCUUUCUUGUUUUGUGCGACCCCCCUGAGAAGUUUGUUUUUAGUAUCCCUGGUACGUCUUCAUUCUCCAUUGAUUUCAGGAUUUUCUACAAUAACCGUACGCGUAUCUCUAGAAUUUACAAAACCAAAAUGUUUCAUAUCCGUUGGCGCCAGGUCAUAUCCGAUGCGAUGUUCCUUCGCAAAGAACUUACCAAAGCGGUAGAAGUCAGUCGCCCUUCUAUUGAUUCUGUGUGAAGCGAUUUUGUUAAUGUAGAUCUGAAUCUCUUUUGCAACUGCUGAUAUAUGCAGAAACUCUAGUUGCC